UCGACGCAAUCAGUGGUAAGCGAUUUGUUGGGUGUUGUGGAGAGCUCAAGUGGUAAUCAUCUUGGUAAUUGUGCAUCAUUUGCACCACGAGAUAACAAAUGGCGCCGGUUUUUCUGGACACUAACCGAGGAGGCACUAAUUUGUAAUGUGACUGAUACCAGUUCAGCCAUUUCAAAAGUGCAUUUUCCGCCAAGCGUCUUUCCGCGAACUUUCUCACUGCGGAUACUUGCUCAACGAGGACCAAGUUGCUUUCGCGAUAUGAUUGUACAGAACGAGAAGAUGGCGGGUUGUCCGCCGGAGCUCAAACGUAACUCUUUCCAGCAAACAUCUCUGAACUGUGGCUGCCCUACACGCAAGCAGGGAGAUAGUGAUUCUUCUGCUGCUGAACAAUCGUUCAAACGUAAAUUUUAUUAG